GUAAUUCCGAAUUAAUGAACAUUUUCACGCCUCAUACUACGUACUCCGUAUUAUUAUUACUACUAUUUGAUACAUCUAGCAUUCAUUAAUCUCCACACAGAAUUUCUGCUAAAUUUAUACGGAGUAAAUUGCUAAUUCAGUUGUUCAUUUUCAAACUAUAUCCAUAUCCAGGCAUCAAGCAGAGGCUAAGAAUCGGAAGUCGGGUACGUGCUGGAAAUCAUACUGAACAACAAUCAAGAUUGAAACUUUUUUUUUUGAAAAUAGGGCUCAAAUAUCAAGUCCUCGCUCUACGAAAAUUAAAUGCUAUUCAAGACUGGCGUGUUGGGUUGUGGCUCUCUUUUGGCCAUUAUGGGGCAUAGAAAGAUGUAGAACAGAGUGACAGUGUAUGGCUAUGGCGGGCACCUCACAGUCCAUCCGUCACUCAGUUGCCUCUACCGGCGCCGGCAGUCUGGAUGCUCUCCACAAAGUACUCUCUGAUCUCUGCACCAGAGGCAGUCCCAAGGAUGGGGCUGCACUAGCUUUAAGGCGUCUUGUUGAGGAAGAAGCUCGUGAUGUUAGUGGAGAUGCACGAUUUACAGAUCAUCUCUAUGAGCGUAUUACUAACCUUCUUGAGAGUAAUGAGGUUGCUGAAAACUUGGGUGCAUUAAGGGCUAUAAAUGAGUUAAUUGAUGUCACUAUUGGUGAAAAUGCGUCAAAAGUUGCAAAGUUUUCUAGUUACAUGCGAACUGUAUUUGAAGUGAAGCGUGAUCCUGAAAUUCUGGUCCUUGCUAGUGAAGUUUUGGGCCACCUAGCUAGGGCUGGUGGUGCAAUGACAGCUGAUGAAGUGGAAUGCCAGGUGAAAAAUGCACUUCAGUGGCUCACUGGUGAGAGAAUCGAGUAUCGCCGCUUUGCUGCUGUACUUAUCUUGAAAGAAAUGGCCGAAAAUGCUUCAACUGUAUUUAACGUUCACGUACCUGAGUUUGUGGAUGCAAUUUGGGUUGCACUUAGAGACCCAACGCUUGCUGUUCGAGAGCGAGCUGUUGAAGCAUUACGUGCAUGCCUCCGUGUUAUUGAAAAGCGUGAGACUCGCUGGCGUGUGCAGUGGUACUACCGUAUGUUUGAAGCUACACAAGAUGGAUUAGGGAGAAAUGCUCCCAUCCAUAGCAUUCACGGGUCUCUGCUUGCAGUUGGAGAGCUUUUGAGGAACACCGGCGAAUUCAUGAUGUCAAGAUACAGAGAAGUUGCUGAGAUAGUUCUUAGAUACCUGGAGCACAAGGAUCGACUUGUUCGACUCAGCAUUACUUCUCUGUUGCCUCGAAUCGCCCAUUUCCUACGAGAUCGAUUUGUGACGAAUUAUUUAACGAUAUGUAUGAAUCACAUACUCCAUGUGCUCAAAAUACCUGCAGAACGGGACAGUGGAUUCAUAGCUCUUGGAGAGAUGGCUGGUGCUCUAGAUGGAGAACUCAUUAACUAUUUGCCGACAAUAACAUCGCACCUACGUGAUGCGAUUGCACCUCGUAGAGGCAGGCCUUCAAUGGAUGCAAUAGAUUGUGUUGGAAAUAUUGCAAAAGCCAUGGGGCCUGUGAUGGAGCCUCAUGUCCGAGGUCUCUUGGAUGCCAUGUUCUCUUCUGGUCUUUCGCUUAAAUUGGUAGAAGCCCUGGAUAAGAUAAGCUUAAGCAUACCAACAUUGUUGCCCACAAUUCAAGAUCGGUUGAUCAACUGCAUUUCAACAAUCCUUUCAAGAUCCCAUCUGUCAAACCUUGCAGUGACCUCGGGUAGGGGACACAUCACAAACGCCACUCAACAAGUGCCAGAGCUUAGUGGUUCAGCUCUUGUUCAACUUGCUUUGCAAACUCUUGCUAGGUUCAACUUCAAGGGCCAUGAUCUUCUUGAAUUUGCGAAAGUGUCUGUCGUGUUAUAUUUGGAAGAUGAAGAUGGAGGAACAAGGAAAGAUGCCGCUUUGUGUUGCUGUAAAUUGGUAUCAAAUUCUUUAUCUGGGUUCUCUUGCACACAGUUCAGCUCUAGUAGGAUUAACCGUACCAGUGGCAGGCGACGCCGUCUUGUUGAAGAGAUUGUUGAAAAACUGCUUAUAGCAGCUGUUGCUGAUGCCGAAGUCACUGUCCGUCAUUCUAUUUUUUCUUCUCUUUAUGGAAAUGGAGGUUUUGAUGAUUAUCUGGCUCAGGCUGAUAGUCUGACUGCUAUAUUUGCUGCUCUGAAUGAUGAGGACUUUGAAGUUAGGGAGUACGCAAUCUAUCUCGUUGGGAGGUUAUCUGAGAAGAACCCUGCUUACGUUCUACCAGCACUCCGUCGACAUCUUAUUCAGUUGCUAACAUACCUAGAACAAAGUGCUGAUAACAAAUGCAAGGAAGAGAGUGCAAAGUUAUUGGGUUGCCUAAUCCGCAGUUGUGAGCGUCUGGUUCUUCCAUAUAUUGCUCCUAUACACAAGGCACUUGUUGCCAAACUCUGUGAAGGAACUGGGGUCAAUGCAAACAACGGUAUUAUUAGUGGUGUUCUGGUAACUGUUGGCGAUCUUUCAAGAGUGGGUGGCUUUGCCAUGAGGCAAUAUAUUUCAGAACUUAUGCCCCUAAUUGUUGAUGCUUUACUGGAUGGCGCUGCUGCUACUAAACGUGAAGUUGCUGUUGCUACACUUGGUCAGGUUGUACAAAGCACAGGUUAUGUGAUAGCUCCAUACAAUGAAUACCCACAAUUGCUUGGUUUACUCUUAAAAUUGCUAAAUGGAGAACUAGCCUGGUCUACUAGACGUGAAGUUUUGAAGGUUCUUGGGAUAAUGGGUGCAUUAGAUCCCCAUGUGCACAAACGCAAUCAGCAAACAUUACCUGGAACACAUGGUGAAGUUACCCGUGCAGCUAAUGACCCUGGCCAACAUAUUUGUUCAAUGGAUGAAUUACCUAUGGAUCUUUGGCCGUCUUUUGCAACAUCAGAAGAUUAUUACUCUACGGUUGCUAUCAGUUCUCUUAUGCGGAUUCUAAGGGACCCUUCUUUGUCUAGUUACCACCAAAAAGUUGUUGGAUCUCUCAUGUUCAUUUUCAAGUCAAUGGGACUUGGCUGUGUCCCUUAUUUGCCAAAGGUUUUGCCUGAACUCUUUAAUAUUGUCCGUACAUGUGAAGAUGGUUUAAAGGAGUUUAUAACAUGGAAGCUUGGAACUCUGGUAUCAAUUGUUCGCCAGCAUGUCCGUAAAUAUCUUCCAGAGAUGCUUACUCUGGUUUCAGAAUUAUGGUCAUCUUUCUGUUCGCCAACAGCUAAUCGGCCAGUUCAUAUUUCUGCGAUUCUGCAUCUGGUGGAGCAACUUUGUUUGGCACUAAAUGAUGAAUUCCGAAAGCAUCUUCCACAUAUACUUCCCUCUUGUAUUCAGUUUCUUAGUGAUGCUGAGCGGUUUAAUGAGUAUGAAUAUGUCCCUAACAUUCUUCACACACUCGAAGUUUUUGGUGGUACGCUGGAUGAACAUAUGCAUCUUCUUCUUCCUGCUCUUAUUCGUUUGUUUAAAGUAGAUGCUUCAGUAGAAGUAAGACGCGGUGCUAUAAAAACUCUAACAAGAUUAAUUCCUCGUGUACAGGUCAUUGGUCACAUAUCUGCUCUCGUACAUCACCUAAAGCUUGUCCUGGAUGGCAACAAAGAAGAGCUUAGGAGGGAUGCUGUUGAUGCACUUUGUUGUUUAGCUCACGCUCUUGGGGAAGAUUUCACUAUUUUCAUUCCAUCCAUUCACAAGCUUUUGGUGAAACAUCAUCUACAGCAUAAGGAGUUUGAAGAAAUUGAAGGACGCUUGAAAAGACGAGAGCCAUUGAUCUUAGCAAGCACAACUUGUCAAAGAUUAAGUCGGCGGCUUCCAAUAGAGGUUAUUAGUGAUCCUUUGAGUGAUGGGGAGUUGGAGCAUUAUGAGGAUGGGAUGGAUGUGCAUAGGCAGCUUAGAAGCCACCAGGUGAAUGAUGGCCGAUUACGGACUGCCGGUGAAGCAUCUCAGCGUAGUACAAGAGAAGAUUGGGCGGAAUGGAUGAGGCAUUUUAGCAUUGAACUUCUGAAGGAGUCACCCAGUCCAGCUUUAAGAACUUGUGCAAGACUUGCUCAGCUCCAGCCUUUUGUUGGGCGGGAGUUGUUUGCAGCUGGGUUUGUCAGUUGCUGGUCCAAACUGAAUGAAGCCACUCAAAGACAGCUAGUACGGAGUUUAGAAAUGGCAUUUUCAUCGCCAAAUAUCCCCCCUGAGAUUCUUGCAACUCUUUUAAAUUUGGCCGAGUUUAUGGAACAUGAUGAGAGACCUCUUCCUAUAGACAUACGUCUCCUUGGUGCUCUUGCAGAAAAGUGCCGUGCAUUUGCAAAGGCCCUGCACUAUAAAGAAAUGGAGUUUGAAGGUGCACGGUCUAGUAGAAGGGAUACAAAUCAAGUUGCUGUAGUUGAAGCACUUAUUCACAUCAAUAAUCAAUUACAUCAGCAUGAGGCAGCGGUCGGAAUACUAACUUAUGCACAGCAAAACUUGGGUGUUCAACUUAAAGAGUCAUGGUAUGAAAAAUUGCAACGGUGGGAUGAUGCUCUCAAAGCAUACACUGCUAAAGCAUCACAAGCUUCGAGUCCUCAUCUUGCUUUGGAUGCUACACUAGGAAGAAUGCGGUGCCUUGCUGCUUUAGCACGAUGGGAAGAGCUUAACAAUCUUUGUAAGGAAUACUGGACUCCAGCUGAACCAGCUGCUCGAUUGGAAAUGGCGCCAAUGGCUGCUAGUGCUGCCUGGAACAUGGGUGAAUGGGAUCAGAUGUCAGAAUAUGUUUCUCGGCUUGAUGAUGGUGAUGAAACUAAACUUCGUGUAUUGGGAAAUACUACUGCUACUUGUGAUGGAAGUAGUAGUGGAACAUUUUUUAGGGCUGUGCUACUAGUUCGCAGGGGAAAGUACGAUGAAGCGCGCGAAUAUGUUGACAGAGCAAGGAAAUGUUUGGCUACAGAGCUCGCUGCAUUGGUUCUUGAAAGUUAUGAACGUGCAUACAGUAAUAUGGUUCGUGUGCAACAGCUCUCUGAACUGGAAGAGGUGAUAGAAUACUGCACACUUCCUAUUGGAAAUCCUAUUUCUGAGGGUAAAAGAGCCCUUAUUCGCAAUAUGUGGAAUGAGCGCAUAAAGGGCACAAAGAGAAAUGUUGAGGUUUGGCAAGGACUUUUGGCUGUCAGGGCACUUGUUUUGCCUCCCACAGAAGACACAGAAACAUGGAUCAAAUUUGCCAAUCUUUGCCGUAAGAGUGGCAGAAUUAGUCAGGCUAGAUCUACUUUAGUGAAACUCUUACAAUUUGAUCCUGAAACAUCGCCUGAAACGGUAAGGUAUCAUAGCCCACCUCAAGUGAUGCUAGCAUACCUUAAAUACCAGUAUUCACUCGGUGAGGAUCACAGGCGUAAGGAAGCCUUUAAUAAGCUGAAGGAGGUUGCAAGUGACUUGUCAAGAACUCUUCAACCAGUGAUGCAGCCUGGUUUGGUGACUAAUUCUAGUGCACCACUCAUUGCUCGUGUGUAUCUCAUACUUGGGACAUGGAAGUGGGCACUUUCUCCUGGUCUGGAUGAAGAUUCCAUACAAGAAACACUUGGUGCAUUCCGAAAAGCUACUCAUUGUUCUCCAAAGUGGGGGAAGGCAUGGCAUAAAUGGGCACUCUUCAAUACAGCAGUGAUGUCUCAUUAUACUUUGAGAGGCUUUCCCAGUCUUGCUGCUCAGUAUGUUGUUGCUGCAGUCACUGGCUAUUUUCACUCUAUAGCUUGUGCAGCGCAUGCGAAGGGAGUGGAUGAUAGCCUGCAGGACAUACUUCGGCUACUCACACUAUGGUUCAACCAUGGGGCUACAUCAGAGGUUCAAAUGGCGUUACAGAAAGGGUUCACACAUGUUAAUAUCAAUACAUGGUUGGUUGUUUUACCUCAGAUAAUUGCACGGAUUCAUUCGAACAAUCACGCUGUCAGAGAGCUGAUACAAUCACUACUAGUACGAAUUGGUCAGAGUCACCCACAGGCUCUAAUGUAUCCGCUUCUUGUGGCUUGCAAAUCGAUUAGCACUUUACGUAGAGCGGCAGCUCAAGAAGUUGUGGAUAAAGUUAGGCAGCAUAGUGGUAUACUGGUUGAUCAGGCACAACUUGUCUCAAAGGAACUUAUAAGAGUUGCCAUAUUAUGGCAUGAAAUGUGGCAUGAAGCAUUAGAAGAAGCAAGUCGUUUGUACUUUGGUGAACACAAUAUUGAAGGAAUGCUUAAGGUGUUAGAGCCGUUGCAUGAAACGCUGGAGGAAGGGGCUUUGAGGAACAAUACCACCAUCAAGGAAAAAUCAUUCAUUCAGGCAUACCACCAUGAACUAUUGGAAGCAUAUGAAUGUUGCAUGAAGUAUAGGAGAACAGGAAAUGAUGCUGGACUUACUCAGGCUUGGGAUCUCUAUUAUCAUGUAUUUAGACGGAUAGAUAAGCAGCUUCAAGCGUUGACAACUCUGGAUUUGCAGUCUGUCUCGCCCGAACUGCUGGAAUGCAGAGAUUUGGAGCUUGCUGUUCCUGGCACUUAUCGAGCAGAUUCACCUGUGGUAACCAUCAAAUCGUUUGCACCCCAACUUGUUGUAAUUACAUCCAAGCAACGUCCUCGCAAAUUGACGAUCCAUGGCAGUGAUGGGGAGGAUUAUGCUUUUCUGUUAAAAGGUCAUGAAGAUUUGCGUCAAGAUGAACGAGUCAUGCAGCUUUUUGGCCUUGUCAAUACACUGUUGGAGAAUUCUAGAAAAACUGCAGAGAAAGAUCUCUCUAUUCAGCGAUAUGAUGUCAUUCCGUUGUCCCCAAAUAGUGGACUGAUUGGAUGGGUUCCAAAUUGCGACACUUUGCAUCAUCUCAUUCGUGAAUAUAGAGAUGCUCGAAAGAUUACUCUAAAUCAAGAGCAUAAGCUGAUGUUGGGUUUUGCUCCUGAUUAUGAUCAUUUGCCCCUUAUUUCUAAGGUGGAAGUGUUUGAGUUUGCUCUGCAAAAUACAGAAGGGAAUGACCUUGCCAGGGUACUUUGGUUAAAGAGUCGCACAUCUGAGGUCUGGUUGGAUAGAAGAACAAACUAUACCAGGAGUUUGGCUGUAAUGAGUAUGGUAGGUUACUUACUUGGAUUAGGAGAUAGACAUCCUAGCAAUCUCAUGUUGCACCGAUAUAGUGGAAAAAUACUGCAUAUUGACUUUGGAGACUGCUUUGAAGCCUCAAUGAAUCGAGAAAAGUUCCCUGAGAAGGUACCUUUCCGCCUCACUAGAAUGCUUGUUAAGGCAAUGGAAGUCAGUGGUAUUGAAGGAAAUUUCCGCUCCACUUGUGAAAAUGUAAUGCAAGUUCUUCGGACAAAUAAAGACAGUGUAAUGGCUAUGAUGGAGGCAUUUGUCCAUGACCCACUAAUAAACUGGCGGCUUUUCAACUUUAAUGAAGUUCCUCAAAUGUCUACAUUACACACCCCUGCUGCAGUCAAUAGUGAGGAAUCUGCUUCCAAGGAGCUACUUCAACCACAAAGAGGUGCCAGGGAGAAGGAAUUGCUUCAGGCUGUUAACCAACUUGGAGAUGCCAAUGAGGUUCUGAAUGAGCGUGCUGUUGCUGUAAUGGCUCGAAUGAGCAAUAAGCUCACAGGGCGUGACUUCUCCACUUCCCCUCCACCUAUCAGCUCUGUACAGCAUGCGUUGGAUCAUAGCACUUUGAUUUCUGGAGAGAUUCGUGAACCUGAUCAUGGUUUAUCAGUCAAAUUACAAGUACAGAAGCUUAUUCUACAAGCAACAUCACAUGAAAACUUGUGCCAGAAUUAUGUCGGAUGGUGUCCGUUUUGGUAGGUGGGCUGAAGAAGUGGGGGAUAACUGCCCGUGUCUGUGUGUAUUAUUAUCAUUAAAUAUAGUAAUUAAAUGCUAUGCAACUGUUGUACUAGUUUGAGAAUCUGUUUUCCUGUUCAGAUACUUUGAGAGAAGUCUGUUGUAAAUAAUCGUUUCUUUAAUCUUCCCAACGUGAAGAAGAUUCUCAUAGUUCAGCAUAUAUAAGUUACUCGGUUAUUUAGUUGUGUUGUUUCGCGAUAAAAUUCCUCCAAUUUCAGUUGAUAAAAGCAUGACCACUUUCUAUUUAAAAUAAACAAGUGAUUAAAAGUGUGA